GACAAACGCUGAACUCAUUGUGUCCCCUGACAGAGCAGCACAGACACGGACUGAAGGGGACCCAGGAUUCCUGUUUCACUCAUAGAACUGCAUCUGCUUUGGGGGUCGUUUUACAACCUUUUGAUCACUUUUUUCUACACCGUAAAUAUUCCCAGCAGGACUUCUGAGCAUAACUAGUUAAAUCUGCCUAUGGGAAGCACACUGCCUGAGUAACAUACUGAGCUGCUAUAGAAAGACCGACCAUGAUCACUGGGAAAAUCACUUGUCUACAUGUUACUGAUGUCCGCUUCCCCACCUCCCUGGAUCAGCAUGGUUCCGAUGCUAUGCACACAGACCCUGAUUACUCUGCUGCCUAUGUUGUGAUAGAAACUGAUGCUGCUGAUGGUUUAAAAGGACACGGAUUAACUUUCACCUUAGGAAAAGGCACAGAAGUUGUGGUGUGUGCUGUAAGAGCCCUUUCAAGGCAUGUUAUUGGAAAAGCACUUGAAGACAUUGUUAACAAUUUCAGGGACUUUUACCGGCAGCUUACAAGUGAUGGGCAACUUAGAUGGAUUGGACCUGAAAAAGGAGCUGUUCAGCUGGCUACUGCUGCUGUCUUAAAUGCCGUGUGGGAUUUAUGGGCUAAGAAAGAAAAGAAGCCUUUGUGGAAACUGUUGGUCGACAUGGACCCACAUCAGCUGGUAUCUUGCAUUGACUUCAGGUAUAUCACAGAUGCACUGACUGAGGAAGAAGCACUCAAAAUUCUUCAAAAUGGAAAACAAGGACAAAGAGAUAGAGAAGAACAUAUGUUAACAAGUGGAUAUCCUGCCUAUACUACAUCAUGUGCCUGGUUAGGUUAUUCAGAUGAACAGCUGAAAAAGCUGUGUUCAGAUGCACUUAAAGAAGGCUGGACUAGGUUCAAGGUAAAAGUGGGUGCAGAUCUAAAGGAUGACAUCCGGAGAUGUGAACUUAUCAGAGACAUGAUUGGACCUGACAACAUAAUGAUGCUUGAUGCCAACCAGAGGUGGGAUGUGCAAGAAGCAAUCUCUUGGGUGAAAGACCUGGCUAAAUAUAAGCCAUUGUGGAUUGAAGAGCCAACAUCACCAGAUGACAUUCUUGGUCAUGCAACUAUUUCAAAGGAACUAUCUCCAGUGAACAUAGGUGUUGCCACAGGAGAGCAGUGCCACAACCGAGUAAUGUUUAAACAGUUUCUCCAAGCGAAAGCGCUGCAGUACCUUCAGAUUGACAGCUGCCGACUGGGGAGCGUGAAUGAAAAUUUGUCUGUUCUGCUGAUGGCAAAGAAAUUCAAUGUUCCCGUCUGCCCACAUGCUGGAGGAGUUGGUCUCUGUGAACUGGUGCAACAUCUUAUUCUGUUUGACUAUAUUUGUGUGUCAGGAAGCCUGGAUAACAGGAUGUGCGAGUAUGUAGAUCACUUACAUGAACACUUUACUUAUCCUGUGAUAAUCAACAGAGCUGCUUACAUGCCCCCAAAGGAUCCUGGAUAUUCCACAGAAAUGAAAGAAGAAUCUGUGCUGCAAUACCAGUUCCCAGAUGGAGCAGUCUGGAAAAAACUCAUUUUAGAGAAAAAGGUGGAGGUUUAGAAAGUCACAUCUCAAAACAUUUCGAAUUCAUGUAAAAAAAAUUUAAUUCAAAAUAUACUCACAAUUUGACCAGGAGGUUAUUUUAGAAAAAAAUUGAAUGUCUAAUAUUUGAUCGAAUGGUUCCGACCCGGAAAAUUCGAAUCAUAUUCGAUUCGUACAAAUUACAUUUUUCUCCCGAAAAAAACUGGAAGGCUAUUAACAUCUCCAAAUGGCUCAACAGACCUGUGCCAUUGACUUGUACAUGAACUCGCAGGUUUUAGGUGGCGAGUAUUUGAAUUAGGACUGUUUCCAUGGUCGAUGUGUGAUAAAACUCACAUUCAAAUUUACAUUCGAAUAGGGGGAUUUAAAUUCAAAUGUGUGAAUUUGGUUGGUUUGGUGGUUAAUGGCAAUAGGGCAUCUUUUGCUCACACUCACUAAUGCAAAUAUUUUUUGGCAUGGCAAAUAAUUUCAUUAUAUUACUGUAUUACAAAUGUCAGACUUGCAAGUCUACAGUUGCUGCAAGCUGUAAAGUAUAUCUGAGCUAGACAUGUAGGGGAGCUGCAGUUCCCUACAGCUGGAGAUCAAGUUUUCACCCAAAAAAAUAUUAAAAAUCCCAUUUUAUCACAUUAGUCAAGCAAAAUGAACUUUAAUUACACUAUACAGGUAUGGGACCUGUUAUCCAGAAUGCUCGGGACCUGGGGUUUUCCUGAUAAUUGAUCUUUCUGUAAUUUGGGUCUUCAUGCCUUAAGUCUACUAGAAAUUCAUUUAAACAUUAAAUAAAUCCAAUAGGCUGGUUUUGCUUCCAAUAAGCAUUAAUUAUAUCUUAGUUUGGAUUAAGUACAAGCUACUGUUUUAUUAUUACGGAGAAAAAGGAAAUCAUUUUUAAUCAUUUGGAUUAUUUGGAUAAAAUGGAGUCCAUGGGAGACAGCCAUAACGUAAUUCGGAGCUUUCUGGAUAUCGGGUUUCCGGAUAAGGGAUCCUAUACCUGUAUAAAAUAUUUGAAUCUUGUUUCCUUCAGUCUGGGAAUUCAUAAUUAAAGCAAGCAGGCAGGAGCCAUUUUGUGGACACUGUUAUUAAGACAAGCCUUGUAUCAUCUCAGAAUCUUGUUUGUGCACCAGAAUGCUGGACCCAAUGUCCAUCCCCAUGGCCUGGCAUAGAGGAGGGGCAGACAAUAUUUGAUUGACAGCUGAUAUUUUUAAAUGCGCUUACAACAGCUAUGAAUGCUUUAAUAAACAACAGAAAUUGGAUUUCA